AUGUCGUUCCCUUCCGACCAGUCUCAAGCCUCCGUGGACACGGCUCUCUCGUCGCCUCAGAGCAGUCCCACCCAGCAGCAUUUUCCCACAGGUCGACAGCCGGGAAAGAAGAAGCGCAAUCUCAUCCUGUGCUUUGACGGUACCGGCAAUGAUUUCACUGCGUCCGAGAAGGACACCAAUGUGGUCAAGCUUCUGAGCAUGCUUGACCGUAACCACGAGGACCAGUUUCAUUACUACCAGACUGGUAUCGGAACCUACAAUGUCAACGAGAAGACAGUCCACAAGAAUACCUUUCAAGAAGUCUUGAGCACUGUCGAACGAACUAUCGAUGAAGGAUUCGCCACAACCUUCGACGCCCAUAUUAUGGCGGGAUAUCGGUUCUUAAUGCGUUACUAUGAGACCGGCGACAGGAUCUACAUGUUCGGAUUCAGCCGUGGGGCAUACACUGCCAAGUUCCUUGCUCGCAUGGUCUACAGCGUCGGUCUUCUUUGCAGAGGCAAUGAAGAGAUGGUUCCUUUCGCCUACCGUCUUUAUGACCGCUAUCUUGAUGGCAAGCUCAAGUGCAAGAACCAUGAGGGCGAGGGUCAGGACGAGAACUCUGAUGUCGAAGAGGAAGAAUCUGACUGCGAAGAUCACAAACUUGAGGCAGCGGUCAGGAUCAAGAAGCGGGAAAAGAAGGAGCGUAAGGCUCGCACGCGAGAGCUCCGAAAGUUCAGCAAGACAUUCUGCAAGCAGGAGCCUUCCUUUGACGUGGACCGACCUAGACAUCGGGAGAAGGUCACCAACGUCAAGGUGCACUUCCUGGGCCUCUGGGACUGUGUCAACUCUGUCGGUACCAUGGAGCAAAAGGCCACCAAGGAAGUUCUGGUGAAGGGCACUGCCCACAUCAUUCGUCACGCCGUGGCUGUGGAUGAGCGUCGGGUCAAGUUCAAGGCAGCGCUCUUCCAACAAGACAAGGACAAGAAAAAGAACCACGAUUACGAGGACAUCAAGGAAGUCUGGUUCCCAGGAAACCACGGCGACGUCGGCGGAGGAUGGGACCCUGUCAAAGACCAUCUCGAGAUUGACGACAAGAACGCGAAAUACUCGGCAAGGAUCAAAGUCGGUGCUUCGAAAGCUUACACCAAUAUUCGUACCUCGAGGGUGGUCUCGAAAUUCCGUGCUCUCUUGGGCAUGAGUCCAGUGAAACAAGUCAAGACUGGCCCUGGCAAAAUGGCUUGCCACGUCUGCAAGGAUUGCGGCCUAUGCAAGGCUGAGAAAUGUCUCCUUUCAGACUGCAAGACAGGACACCAAAUGUGUUCUAGGAUGGAGUGCAAGGCAUGCCACGAGCAGAUCGUAUGCAGAGACCCAACCCAUACCCGGAGCAAGCAGUUGAAGUUUGAGCCUUGCCAGCUGAGCGACGUCCCUCUGAUGUGGAUGAUGAAAGAGCUUGAGGCCGACAAGCACGUCUACUGGAAGGAAGACAAAGUCAACGAGUUCAGACAUCGGUAUGAACACAACAAGGACUCGGCGCUCAACGGGUCGGUCCAUGAUCCAAUCAUGUUCGGUUUCGGCACCGGCUUUUUCAAGGUGUUGUUCUGGAACUUCUUGGAAUUCUUUCCUCUGAUCCAACGAUGGGAAAUCACUCACGGCGAAAAUCUUUGGAACCGCUUCUGGUUCCGCGGAAAGGUGAACGACAAGCGCGACAAGAAAACAAGGACCUGGGAGUGGAUUCGAUUCCCUCUUAACAAGGGCGCCACGCGAGACAUUCCCGAGGACGCUACCUUUCAUGAGUCGCUUUUUCAGAAGCUGUGCAACGACGACGCCUAUCGACCCCAGAACAACCACGGCGACGGGAAACCAUGCCUUGUGACAAUGAAGAACGGCAGAAAGGUCAAGUCUGAGAUUCGAUCGUUGUACCGAUUGAUGCAGACCGAACACAAAUUGCACGCUCACCCUGAUCACCAGACGUACAACCUUUUCAAAUAUACCCAAACUCCAGAGUAUGAAGAGGCUCAGAAGCAGGCUAAUAGGCAUCAAGAGCGGCUGAGGGCGGCACACCACGGCGUAGAAUCCCAAGGAAUCUAG